AUGCUGGGGCAGUUGAAGAGGCUGUUUUCAACCACCGCCAGCAGGCUCGCUUUGCCGCAGGGUGUACCGGUUGCCGGUCACUUGAGGCUGCCGCGAAGCCUUGUAGCUGUAUCUGGCCCCGAUAGCAGCAAGUUCCUCAACGGUCUUUUGACGAUCAGGCCUCCGGAUGCGCCCGAGGGGGUCUCAACUGGAAAGUACGGGGCAAUGCUCAACUCCAAAGGCCGAGUUGUGUUUGACAGUUUUAUUUAUCCUGCGCACGGCAGCCCACUGCUUGCUGAAUCGCUUCCAGGUGUGGAUGUGGCGAAUUGUUAUCUGUUGGAAGUCGACACUGAGCUAGCAGAUCGAGCCUUGCGGGUGUUCAAUUUCUACAAACUGCAAUCUAAAAUCACCGUCAGUCUGGCCGCGAACCUAGGCGUGUGGUUUGCAUGGAAUGACGAAGCGGAUCUCGAUCUAGGUUCCGUCGGUGAGACUAUCAACAACUGUCGUCUAUCGACGUUGGACGAGCGGGCUCCCGGACUAGGAGCCAGAGCAAUUGCCACCGUGGACCCCUUUGAAAACGUUGGUUCCUCGGUUCAGUUGGACGUUUAUCGCCUGCGUCGGUACCUGUUUGGUGUUCCCGAGGGUUCUGCUGAGAUUGUUCCCGACAAGGCUUUACCCUUAGAAUACUGCAUGGAUUACAUGGGCGGCGUUGAAUUCGACAAGGGCUGCUAUGUUGGUCAGGAAUUGACCAUCCGCACACACCAUCAUGGGGUUGUUCGAAAACGAGUUGCUCCGUUAGUGUUCACUGAGCCCGGAGAGGCAAUCCCAGAAGAUCUGUACAUACCUCAUGAAAUGCAGGUUGGCCCUGGCGACGAAAUAUUUGACGCGAAACCUCUGCCCAACGCGGAUGCAUUAGGUACGACCCCAUACACCAUGCCUAGCCCUGCAUCUCAAUCUGCAUCUGAUUCCAUCAGCCCAUUUAAGGGAAGUUCCCCUUUCCCUUUACGCGCGGGUGCACGGCCUGCAGGUAAGGUCAUCUGCACGCUUGGAAAUGUCGGGCUCGGCACCAUACGAAUCGACAAGCUAGGCCAUGACUUUAAGAUUGGUGACAUUUCGGUGACCGGUCUGACCCCGUAUUGGUGGCCUGAGUCUGCUACAGAGUAG